AUGGCUAGUCGCCGAACCAGCCUGAAGGUGAAGUUAUUCGUGUUGGUUCGUGGAAUGGAAGCGCAUCUGGUGAAGUUAUCCGCGAUGAGACUGCUGUUUGUACUCGUCGGGAGCCUCUUCCUGUUGGAUUCCGUAUCUGGGGUCACCCUGACAAUUCCCGUGGAAGCGAUUUUCCCUAACAACAAGCACAUGCUGGAACAAGCGAACAUUUUCCUGAACAAGACUACGGACCAAUCCAAAGUGAUCAUCGCGAAAGAGCUCGCCGGUCUCGGAGUUCCUGUGAAGGCUUUCGUCCUACAAAACCUGGUGAAGGCCUCCCAACACGCUUUCAACGACCCCCACGCCAUGUUCGAGGUGGAUCUGGACACGUUGAGAGAGCUCAUCAAGAAGUAUGAGGAGUACAAACCUACUGUCAGUCCGCCGCCCGUCGACGAACCCCCAGUAGAUAUUGGUCGAAUUUUCCCGCAAAACCCCGACCUUCAGAACGAGAUCCGUAAUUUCAUUGAUCGAUUGACAAAGGACGUUAAGGACGUGGUGCGCCAUUAUCUUGGUAACCUCGCCCCGGACCAGCAGGAAAGAGUGCUUUCGCGACUUGCCAAUGGAGUUGAUCCGUAUAAUCCCAACGUGGUGCUCGAUCCCGAAACCAUAAGACAGGAAGUCGAACGCGACCAGAGAAACCGGGCCACCCCACCACCGGUCGAAGAACCUCCAGUAGAUGUCGACAGAAUCUUCCCACAAGACAGAGAUUUACAAAACCGACUCAGGGACUUCCUGAAUAGAUUGGCCAAGGAUGUUAAGGAUACCGUGCGUGAAUACCUUGGAAACCUACCCCCGGACCAGCAGGGGAGGGUUCUCAGCCGCUUGGCAGAUCGAGUCGAUCCCCACGCGCAAAACGUCAAGAUUGACCCCGCAAUCAUACGACAGGAACUUAAGCGCGAUCAAUGGGAGCAGAGACCAACAACGGACAGGGUUACUCCGCCCCCUGUCGAAGAACCGCCAGUAGAUAUCGAUCGCAUUUUCCCACAAGACAGGGACCUGCAGAACAAACUCAGGGACUUCUUGAAUAGGUUGGCCAAGGACGUUAAGGACUCGGUGCGCCAGUACCUCGGAAACCUACCUCCCGACCAGCAGGGAAGGGUUCUCAGUCGUUUAGCAGAUCGAGUCGACCCCAACGCUCAGAACGUCGCGAUUGACCCCGCAACCAUAAGAGAGGAAGUUAAGCGCGAUCAGUGGGAGCAGAGACCGGCAACAGAAAGGGUCACGCCACCGCCAGUUGACGAACUGCCAGUCGACCUCGAUCGCAUUUUCCCACAAGACAGGGACUUGCUGAAUAGACUCAGGGAUUUCCUUAACAGGCUGGCAAAGGAAGUGAAGGACUUGGUGCGCCGGGAGCUUGGACAUCUACCUCCUGACCAGCAGGGAAGAGUGCUUUCGCGUCUCGCAGAUGGAGUUGAUCCCUACAAUCAAAACGUGGUGCUCGAUCCUGGAACCAUAAGAGAGGCAAUCGAGCUAGACCAAGAGAGUCAAAGGCCGGUAACUGAAAGGGUAACGCCAACCCCGCCCGUCGAGGAACCUCCUGUAGAUAUCGACAAAAUUUUUCCGCAAGACAGAGACCUACAGAACAGACUCAGAAAUUUCCUUAACAGAUUGGCGAAUGAUGUUAAGAGUUUCGUGCGUUACUACCUUGGUCCUCUUCCUCCGGACCAACAGGGAAGGGUACUGGGUCGUCUCGCUGACCAAGUGCUGAUCGCCUUUUUUCCAGGGUCCCUACGAGCAAAAUGUAUUCCUUGA